AUGAAUCUGCAGCGACCUCUGGCUGCAGAAGGUAGUGUUUCUGCAGGUAGCCAAGGCGAGGGUGACUUCAACCCGAUUGUCCAACCAGUCGUCUUGACAGGAAAGAAGAGGCCGGGUCCGAAACGAGAUAGCAAGCCAGCGCCAUCCGAAAAGCUCGAGAGAAAUCGGCAAGCACAGAGAACUCACCGAGAGAGGAAAGAGCAAUACACCAAAGAUCUAGAACUAGAGCUUUCCAGGCUUCGCGAACUGUUCGUGAACACGGCUCGAGAACGAGAUGCAGCGCACCAGGAGAGAGAUGAAGCUCUCAAAGCCCGAGACCACCUUCUUGAGGAGAAUAGAAGACUCAAAAACGCGCUCCAAAUGUCUUCCUCUACAGCGGGUACCGACUCUGGAUAUGAUGGUAUUACCAUGUCCGGUACGAGCACACGGACUAACAGUAUCUCCUUCUCAGGCGGACUGUCAACCAACCUCUCACAGUCAGUACUCCCUGGGGCAGGCUUCGUGAACGAGCAGCAGCAACCAAAAAUGAAUAUAUGGGAGCUCAGCGAGACUCGUGGCUUUGCCUCUGACGGGCCACUCCAGACCACACCGCCGAUCAAGACAGAAUUCAGAGAAGGUUCAGCUCAGUCGUCAGCCGGUUCUCUCAUGCCAAGUCAGCCUUCAGCUGCCGUCGAGAUCGACUACGACGAGCUCGCCCUAGAUUUUGUGCUUACCCUCGAACGGCCAUGCAUGGGACACUUACAGUAUCUUACAGUCCGCGCUCACAACUUCCCGCAAUGUCCACAAUCGGAGAUGCCUGGCCAACCCAUGGAAGUACCGGAUGAUGGAGAGAAUCAGCACAUUUCUGGCCAUGCGCUGAUGGCUACAGCGCCUCCUUAUAGUCACAUAAUGGACCAUCCGGCCGAUCGAUAUCCCAACGAGCUUCCGCAAGUACAAAGGGAGGAUCUUCUGCGCCUGCUGAACCUUAGCUCGCAACUGCAGGUCACGGAGGCGGAACUUCCGCCCGUCAAGGCUUGGAUUAGAGUCAUGCAAGAUGAGCGAUUCAAAAUGUUGAGUGCAGAAAAUUUCGCAAGAUUGAAAGCUACGCUUGCCAGGAAGGUGCAUUGCUAUCGAUUCGGUGCAGUCCUCGAAGAGCAAGAUAUAGCGGAUGCAAUGCAGGCGAUUCUCAACGUAGGGAAUGGGCCUUUCAAUGUACUCCCCGCAGCUGGACCGGCGCUUGCGUGA